UCGUUCAACUCGGCUCUUGUUUCCACACGGACUAUUAUUGCAGAGGCACAAAUCAAUCCGAGGCGAGCGGAAGUCUGUCGUAAAGCCAUUUAUUAAGCUCUCGCAAUGGCGGAGUUUCAGGAGGAAUCCGUUCGUAAACGACAGAAAAUGUCCAAAGUUUGGAAUCAUUUCAUACUCAAAAAAGAAGAGCGAAAGGUACAGUGUAUCUACUGCAACGCAGAACUGGCGUUCCACAACAGCACGUCUGUGAUGAUGCAGCAUCUGAUAAGGAAGCAUCCCGAAAGCGUCGACAGUGGCUCAACAAGCGUCGCCUAUACAAGCUUGAUACAGCGGCCCGGGGACAUCUUUGCUCGCCCAAAUCAGCCAUGCACUGUUGAAGAAGCUGCCUUGCUAACAGAAAGCAUUUUAAAAAUGCUGUUGACUGACAUGCACCCACUGUCCAUGGUGGAGGACGAGGGAUUUAAAAAGAUGAUUUCUACACUCAACCCAAACUACAGCAUGCCAUCAAGACUUCACUUCACAAACCUGAUGGAAAAGAAGCAUCUACAAAUAACGGAGAGAUUGAAAACCGUCCUUCAGGAAGCAGAGUGUGUUGCAUUGACCACAGACAUCUGGAAAAGUACGGACUCAGAGGGCUAUCUCAGAGUGGCCUGUCAUUUCUUGGGGAACGAUUGGGAGAUGAGGUCCUUUUCCCUAUCAACGACGCUUCUCAAAGAAACGGACACGGCUGCCGAUAUUGCUGAUUGGCUGGAGGAGACAACUGUCAAAUUUCUUAUUCCAUUCUCAAAGGUGAAAGCAGUUGUUCACGACAACGGGGCCGAUAUAGUGGCAGCAGCUCUGAUUUUAAAGGAACGGCACGGCUGGGCGUCUGUGAAGUGCUCAGGACACACUCUGAACUUAGUUGUACAGAGCACACUUAAAAGCAGCAAAAGCAUAGUUAAUUGCGUGUCUUCUGCGAGAACCCUGGUUGAACACUUCAAGAAAACUGAAUUAGCCUGCGGUAAACUUAAAGAAAUGCAGCUACAAAUGGGAAUGCCACCGCUAAUGUUGAUUCGGGAUGCAAGUGCUCACUGGAACAGCACGUAUCAUAUGCUGUCCAGGCUCGUCGGAUUAAGAUGGGCCAUGACGGCUGUUCUUGCCGAUCCUGCCUUCAAUUCAAAUAGUAAAGCACACUCGCUAGAUUUAAACCCAGAGCAGUGGACCCUCAGCGAGGAGCUGACUCAGCUCCUUGGGCCAUUCGAAAGAGUGAUAGAGUUUCUACGUGGGGAGCAAUAUGUGACUCUCUCUGCUCUUCCACAGCUGAUAUACAACCUCAAGAAAGCAACGCAGAGUUUUGCAUUUGAAACCGCAUCAGUAAGGGCAUUCCAGGCUGAAGUAGCAGAACAAAUCACAGAUAGAUGGAAAGAGCACUUACAGUUUCAACCUGACGCUCCGAAUACUGUCCUCCUAGCUGCUGCCUUGGACCCGAGGUUCAGGAACCUGAAGUUUUUGCCAGCUGAAGAUGUUCUUGAGGUCCAAAGUGCAAUCCAAUCCUUGGCACUAGCUGUAAAAAGACAGUCAAACGAAAGUAAAACGAUAGCCACCGCUUUAGAAGGCUAUCCAGCUUCAAAUGAUAAACCAUUCUUAAACAGUAUUUUAGGGUCGUCAUCAGACUCCGAGACAGACGACGAUGAGGACGAGCUAAGAAGUCAAGCCGUGCAAAAGGAAGUUUUGCAGUAUUUUGGAGAACAUCCUCUCUCCAAGAAGGAGAAUCCACUGCCAUGGUGGAGAACAAAUGCAGUACGAUAUCCAAAUGUGGCAAAGCUGGCCAAGUUGUUUUUCUGUAUCCCGGCCACAUUGACACCAUCGGAACGUUUGUUCUCUACUACGGGGAACGUCGUCUCAAAGCGUACAGCGAGUCUUAGUUCGGAACAUAUUGAUAUGUUGACUUUUCUCCAUUGUAAUCAUAUGCUGUUGUAAAGGCUAGUAGUUGCAUACAUGCAUUGAAAAAAGAUCCCUCACUCAACGCACAUGUUCACAGCCCUACCUAGUACCUACCUCAUCUAUGUGACCAUUAGAAGUUUGUUUUGUGAUUACAGCUACUAAGCCUAUUAUUUUGUAAAUGUUAUGUGCCUCCUGUUUCUUCACAUCUGCAUUUUAAUUUAUCUUUGCACGAAACCUCUCUUUUGCAAUAAACAGGCUUAGUUUUGGAGCCAAUACCCGGAAUAA